UCGUCGUUGUCGUUAUUGUCGUCGUCGUCGUCGUCGUCGUCGUUGUUACUGUCGUUUUUUAUUUGUCGAUCGGAUCAUUCGUUGAAAUUAAAGACCGAUGUAUUUUGUUACUCUAUUAUUUAUUUAUUUAUUUAUUUUUUUUUUCUUUAUCUAUCUAUCUUUUUGCUCCCGUUUCCCUCGAAAUAUACCAGUUAAAAGUUUGAAAUUGUUACGUGAAAUUUUGUCUUAACUCUCGUUUCUGUUAUGAUAGAAAUAGAGAGAGAAGGACAGGAAGUGUUGUGAAGAUUAUAUACAUAUAUAUAUCUAUAUAUAUAUAUAUAUAUAUAUAUAUAUAAGGACUAUUAUAACGAGAUAAUAACGGAAGAGAGAAAGAGAGAGAGAGAGAGAGAGAGAGAGAGAAAAUGCAGAAUCAAGAACAACAAGUGGGACACAUCCCGGUUACUCAACCAAAGUUACCACCAGCCUCGUCCAGUCGAAUACUUUACGACAUACCGUGCAAGGUAUGUCGGGAUCAUUCGUCGGGCAAACAUUAUGGUAUAUUCGCAUGUGACGGAUGUGCCGGUUUCUUCAAAAGGUCGAUAAGAAGAAAUCGACAAUACGUUUGCAAGGCCAAGUCCGAGGGUGGCUGUAUGGUCGAUAAAACUCAUCGUAAUCAGUGCCGAGCGUGUAGAUUAGCCAAAUGCAUUCAAGCAGGCAUGAACAAAGAUGCCGUACAACACGAACGUGGACCAAGAAACUCGACCUUACGACGUCAAAUGGCACUUUAUUUUAAGGAGCCCGAAAUGAUGAGCAGCAUCGUACCGCAAUCGACUGCAGCAGCAUUGGAUCUUGCUCUGCCAAAACCACCGACGGAACCUCGAGUAUCGAUAGCGCCGUCCACCCCACAUCAUCCCCUUCCUCAUCCAAUUUAUUGCAACAGCAUUGCUUUGCCAAAGAUACCAGUUACCAUGGCAAAUCUACCUGUUAUCCCAUUGAUACCAGCGAUCACGGCGGAAUCGGUUUGCGAGCAAGCAGCGAGAUUAUUAUUUUUGAACGUACAUUGGGCAAGAGAAUUGGCAGCUGGUACGAAUCUGGUUAUCGAAGAUCAACUGGCCUUAUUGGAAUCCUCUUGGAGAGAAUUGUUCCUUUUAGCGGCGGCACAAAUGUUACCUACGCUAGAUCCAACCCCCCUUUUACCACCAGGUACCCAAGGUCUUGGAUUGGCCGUCGAAGUAACACGUUUCAGGGAUACAUUGGCCGGUUUUCAUGCUAUGAAUCUCGAUCAGCACGAAUUCGCAUGCGUAAGGGCUAUUGUCCUUUUUAAGGCCGGCCUUGACAGCGAUCCGGUAUCAAGUAGCCGAAGUAGUAGCUCUGGCUCGGCCUCUCCUAACAAUGGUACAAGGCUAAAGGAUGCAGUUGCGGUCGCAAGAUUACGGGACGGUGCACAAUUAGCGCUUGGACAAAGAUUAAGCGGUGCCUCCUUUGGUGCACUUAGGUUUGGAAAGUUGCUAUUAUUAUUGCCAACUUUAAGAUCGGUCUCUACCCAUGCGAUUGAGGAACUUUUUUUUAGGCGAACCAUCGGCAUUAUACCAAUCGAAAGGAUUAUAUGUGACAUGUACAAAUCCGGUUAAAAUCAAAUUUGUAUAUCGAUUCGUUGUGUAAUAUGUAUUGCUUAAUUAAGGGCCAAAGCAUUAAAAAAAAAAAAAAAAAAAAAAAAAAACAAAAAAAAAAAAAAGAGGGGGAAAAAAAGAAGGAAACAGAUUAAUCGAGAACAAAAUUAUCUUUCGUUCAUGAAUUUUCAAGGAAUUUUUAAAUGUAAUUGACAAAGAUAACAAUCAUAUUUUAAGAUAUAUAUAUAUAAUUUUUUUGAAGGAUCAAUGAAAAAUUAAUGACGAUUUUAAAUUAUCAAUUGAUUUUAUUAGUUUUACGUUUCUAAUCUAUAUUUUCUCUUAGCGAUCAAUGAUUUUGAACAAUCCCAUUUGGAUUAUAAUAUAUCACAUCGUAUUUUUAAGGAACGAAUGGGGUAUUGGUUAUUUUUUUAUUAGAUUAUUAAAAAUGGCACGUACUUGACACACGUCCAAUGCAAUACUAACAAUGAUAUAUAUAUAUAUAUAUAUAUAUAUAUAUAUAUAUAUAUACACACAUAUGUAUAUGUGUGUAUGUAAUAAUAAAUAAUAGUAAUAAUAGUAGUAAUAAUAAUAAUAAUAAUAAAUAAUAAUAAUAAUAAUAAUGAUAAUAAAUGUAAUUUACGCCGAAACCUGCAGGAACCAAUCAGUGUUAAAUGUUAAAAGAGGCAGGAAGUAGUUAAAUUAAUCUUGAAAUUGAUCAUUUCACGAGCGAAAAAAGAAAAAAGAGAAAAGAAAUGAAAAGAGUAAAAAAGAAAAAAAAAUAACAAAAAAA